AAUAUGAAUGAAGCCGAUGAAGAUGGGAUAACGCCGCUGCAUGUGGCUUGUAAAGGCGGGAGAGAACAAAUUGUAACUUUGUUGAUAAAAUAUGGUGUAAGUGUCAAUACGGGAGAUAGGAAUGGAAUUACACCACUUCACUUGGCUUGCGAAGACGGUAAUAAAGCAAUUGUUAAGUUGCUGUUAGAUUCAUUUGCAAAUGUGAAUAUGGGGGAUAAUGAAGGGACAACAGCACUUCACAUAGCCUGUAAAAAUGGAGACCACAAUAUUGUUAAGUGUUUGUUAGCUGCGGGUGCCUAUGUGAAUAAGUAUAAUAAGAAUGGCGUUACACCACUUCUUAUUGCUUUUAAUAGUGGAAGUGAAGAAACGUUUAACGCAGAUUCAAAUUUGAGCGUUAAAGGAGUUGCAGAUAGCUUUGCAAUGGUUCAAAGUACACGUAAAGGCGGGAGAGAAGACAUCGUUCGUUUGUUGUUGAAUGCAGGUGCGAACGUUAACCCGGACGAAAAAGGUGCUAUCAUUCAGAUAGAGAAAAAGUCUAUUUUAGACAAUUUUUUCCGAAAAUCAUAA